AUGAUGGGCAGCGGGCUGGAACAAUGCUUGGUCACAAUAUCCCUAUUAGUUAUUUUUAGGUAUUCCCUACAAUUAGAACCUACUAUUAACGAACACUACGCUGGAUCAUGUGUUGAUUCAUCCGGGAAGCCUGUCUUUUGCUACCCUCCUUUUACCAGUGCUGCUGCUGGGCGCUUAGUAAAUGCCUCCAACACCUGUGGUAUAACAAGAAGACAAAAGUUCUGUAUUCACAUGUCAAACGCGGCAAUGCGGAGUCGUUGUCAAUAUUGUGAUGCGAGAAAUCCUGCCGAAAGCCAUGACGCCAGCUUCAUGACCGACCGAAACCACAACAACUGGUGGCAAUCGGAAACUAUGGACGAAAAUCCAAACCUGCAUUUUAAGGAGCCAGUUACUUUGACAAUUGAUUUAGGCACCAAAUUCCACGUCAACUACGUGUACCUGCAAUUCAAGUCACCGCGUCCACACGCGAUGGUAAUCUACAAGAAGUUCGACGACACCUCUCCGUGGACACCAUGGGUCUACUUCUCUAGCAACUGCCUGACAUACUUUAACAUGACGUACGAGCGUCUGCCAACAUUUCGACGUCCCGAUGAGGCAAUCUGUCGAGAAGAGUACUCCACAUUGCAGCCACUCUACGACGGCGAAGUCGUCUUCUCCGUCAUCAACGGCAGGCCCGGAACCGACGACUUCUUCAACAACCCCGCGCUUCAGGAAUGGAGCACCGCCAGUCAGAUUAAGGUGGAGCUACAAAAAAUGCACACUUUCGGUGACGAGGCCAACGCCGAACGCGACACCCUCCUGACGUACUACUUUGCGAUCCGCAAAUUCACCGUCGGUGGCAGGUGCAUGUGCAACGGACACGGCAACGACUGUCGCCCUGUGGGGGGCUAUGGUCCGAACCCCAAGUUGGUGUGCGUGUGUGACCCCGCCCACCACACCGCCGGCGACAACUGCGAGCGCUGCGCCCCCGGCUACAUGGACGUCCCGUGGUACCCGGCCACCCCAGACAACGCCCACGCAUGCAGAGCCUGUGAGUGCAACGGGAACUCCAAUCACUGCGAAUUCGACGAAGACGAGUACCGACGAACGGGUUCAGGGGGUCUGUGCGUCGGCUGUGGCAACAACACAAUGGGCAAGCACUGCGAAACCUGCCUGCCCGGCCAUUACCCGGACCCCAAUCGACCGGCCGUCUGUCGGCCCUGCGAGUGCGAUCCAAUGGGAACCCUGGAAGGUCAGGAACACAAGUGCUCCGCGGACGGACAGUGCAAGUGCAAGCCCGGCGUGGGGGGUAGCCGCUGUGACCGCUGCUUGCCCGACCACCACUCCUUCACCUCAAGUGGCUGUCAACCCUGUGAAUGCAACGCCGGUGGAAGCCUGGACAACCAAAAGCAGUGUGAUCCGUACACCGGCGAGUGUCUUUGCAAAGCCAACGUCAUCGGCAAAAAAUGCGACAAGUGCAGACCUGGUACGUUCGGAAUGAUGGACAAUGAUCCUCUUGGUUGCAAACCGUGUUUCUGCAGCGGACACUCGUCGGAAUGUAAGCUGGGACGGGAAAUUGAUGGUCAAGUCGAGACAAUGAGCGAGAGAGAUUUGAAGGCGUUGGAGGAAAAAGGCAAGGUCAUCUUCAGCUGCCCAAACAACACCACUGCCUGCUCUGUCUGCUUCAGACAAGAUAAAAAAACUCUCGACAUCGGCUGCCACCAGAACCAACGGGGAGAGCUUGAAUGCCUGUGUCGUGAGCGACCCAACGACUGUCCGUUCUGCGUCAGUGGAAUGUGGCGUGACCCACAAGAGGAGGUUCGUCGCGAAAUCUGCAAAUGUCCACCGGGCUUCACUGGGCCCAGCUGUGAGCGGUGUGCCCCGGGGUACCGACGUGAGCCAAUUGGAGGACCCACAACGGCCCUGUGCAUUCCCUGCACCUGCAAUAACAAUUCUGACACCUGUGACCCUGAGACGGGCAAAUGCGACUGCCAGCACAACACUGGAGGUUUGUUCUGCGAUCGCUGCGCCGACGGUUUCUAUGGCAACCCCUUUGCUCCAGCAGGUUCAGAGGCCGCCUGCAAGCCCUGUCCGUGCCCACACGGGUCCAAAUGUGUGGAAACUCUGCUUCCACUGGAGCAGAGCUCGGUCGUCUGUGUCGACUGUCCUGAUAACAGGACAGGUGCCCGAUGCGAGCGCUGCGCCGAAAACUUCUUUGGCGACCCGCUGAAUGGAGUUCCGUGUCAGCCUUGUGACUGUUCCAACAACACCGACAUACGAGCAAAGGGAAAUUGCCACCAUCAAACUGGUGUGUGCCAGAAGUGCCUCUUUGGGACGUCCGGUGACCACUGCGAGAAAUGCCUUCCAGGCUACCGUCGGAACGUCAAGGCCACCGAUGGGGUGUCGGGCGGCGAGAGCGAGGCCACAACCUACGCCCGAGGCUGCCAGCCGUGCUACUGCGACCCCCAAGGCACCCUCGCGACGCCAGACGUGGAGGGGUCGCUCGGGGUCUGUGACGAGGAGACCGGACAGUGUCCGUGCAAGCCCGGCGUCACGGGACUGCGUUGUGACCGGUGUCGAGACGGUUUCUACGGCUUUGAAUCCGGGAAGGGUUGUACCGAGUGCGGCUGCAGUCCCAAGGGCUCCAAGACAGAGACCUGUGACCCCUACACCGGCCAAUGCCACUGUCUCCCCUUCACAAUGGGUCGCAGCUGCCACGAAUGUCUGCCUGGCUACUUCAACCUCACCACGGGUGUCGGAUGCCAGGACUGCGGAUGUCACCCCUACGGAUCCAACCAUCGGCAGUGCAGUUCCGACGGCCAGUGCCCCUGUCGUUCGUUUGCCACCGGCAAGAAAUGCGACCAAUGCGAGGAAAAUCGAUACGAUCUAAGAGCUGGGUGCCUUCCCUGCCCGCCUUGCUACAACCUCGUUCAGAAGCACGUCAACGACCUGCGCGAGAAGCUGAUGGAGGUCUUCGGAAGUGGUGGUGGUGGUUCUGACGUCGUCAAUGGCAACACCUCACAACUCUACGACCAGAUAAAGAAGCUCAAUCAAACGGUCCAGGAAGCCUACAAGGCGGCUCUAACUUACGGUCUAGGUGAGCCACAAAAGUCCUUUCCUCUUGUUUUACUGAGCUGUUUCGGUCGCCGCACGCGGGCGUUUCGAAUUUGUCCACGCAGGGGAAAGUUGCUGCGGUACAGGUCUACCGUGACGAACGCUGACCAAUUAGAGACGGCGUUCAAUGACCUUCUGAGGCGCGCAACGGAGCUCGCUGCGGAGUUAGACCAAUACGCACGUCACAAGUUCCUUUAUUGUCUCCUUAAAGUGUGCUACUUAGCCGAACUCAGUAGGUUGUCAGUAGCCAGACGGUGA